AUGUCAAGCACCGGCUUUUCGGUCACCGACUGGGUGAAGCCCGGCGACAAGUCUGGCGAGUUUAAGCGUCAAGUCAGUUCAUUCCGCGACUGGAUCUCUCGAAAGCCCGGCGCCCAGUACCCUCCCGAAAAGGGCCGCUACCACCUCUACGUGAGCUACGCAUGCCCUUGGGCGUGCCGCACCCUCAUCGCCCGACACCUCAAGGGUCUUCAGGACUUUGUCUCCUUCUCUGUGGUGCACUGGCACCUUGGACAGGGCGGCUGGCGCUUUGUGACCAAGGAGGAUGGUGAUGUUCCCGGAGAGAAUGUUGUGCCUGACCCGAUUGAGGGCCACGAGGCAUUCACGCAUCUGAAGGAGGUGUACUUUGAGAGUGAGAAGGAUUAUCAGGGACGAUACACUGUACCCGUGCUGUACGACAAGAAGACCAAGAGGAUUGUGAGCAACGAGAGCAGUGAGAUUCUGCGCAUGUUUGGCACUGAGUUCGAUGACCUCCUGGAUGAGGAGCACAAGGCCAUCCAGCUGUACCCUGAGAACCUGCAGAAGCAGAUUGAGGAGACACACGAGUGGACGUACGACCUCAUCAACAACGGCGUGUACAAGUCUGGCUUUGCCACGACGAGCGAGGCGUACGAGCGCAACGUGGUGGCGCUCUUUGAGGCGCUGGACCGAGCCGAGAAGCAUCUCUCAUCGCAAGAAGGCCCCUACUACUUUGGAGCCAACAUUACCGAAGCCGACAUCAGACUGUACGUCACCAUCAUCCGCUUCGACCCUGUCUACGUGCAGCACUUCAAGUGCAACAUCCGCGACAUCCGCUCCGGGUACCCGGCGAUUCACCAGUGGAUGCGCAACCUGUACUGGAACGUGCCUGCGUUCAAGGAGACGACGCAGUUUGAGCACAUCAAGUGGCACUACACGAGGAGCCACACUCAGAUCAACCCCUUUGCUAUUACUCCUGUCGGCCCGCUGCCGCACAUCCUGCCGUUGGAUGAGGAGGUCGUGGCUGUUGGUGCGGCUCUUAAGAAGUAG